AUGGACGAAGGGGAGCUCAAAGUUGAGUCCCAUGUGGAUUCCCAUGUGGAUUCCCAUAUGGAGUCCCCUGUGGAGUCCCAUGUGGAUUCCCAUGUGGAUUCCCAUAUGGAGUCCCCUGUGGAGUCCCCUGUGGAGUCCCCCGUGGAGUCCCCCGCGGAUACCCUCGUGGAAACCCUCGUGGAGGAAUACGUAACCCCCGAGAAGGUGAUGUUCCGCUACGACCGGGAAAAGAAAGUGGAGCUCAUGUACGAGCGGAAGAAGGAUAAGGAAGCGAACAAAAUUCGGGCCGACAUUGUGAGGCAGUUAAUCCUCCUGGUGCAGGUGAAGCACCCGCAAGGGGGAGGCACACAUGGCACGCUGACCCAAAUAAUAGGCACCCUCAAGAGGUUCCUUUUUUGCAACGAAAAUAUGAAGAGAGGAGCCGCAGUGAAUUUAAUUGCUCACCUGUUUGAGGAGAUCACCGUGGUGGACCUAGACACGGAGUACCUCCAGUGCCUCGUUCUUUUUUUUAUUAAAAUAAUUGAAGACUGGCAUUGCAUCAGUGGGGUCACCAGGUUUCUGCUAAUCAUGUUUGAGCGGUACAGGGACCUCUUGAGGGGGAUGCAGUUUUCCUGCGAUGUGAAGAGGACGUAUAGGGUGUUAUUCGGUUCGAAGCGCGAGGGGGGCAGCGGCGGCGAUGCGAGUGAAUACGACGAAGAUGCGGGCUUUACCCAGGAAGAGGGCCUCUACCGCUCGGACGCCUCCUCCGAAGAUGAGGAAGAUGGCGACUAUGCCCAGCGCGGAGGCCCCCAACGUGACGACGACUCGGAGGAAGAAACGGAGAAAGAAGCGGAGAAAGAAAAAAGCUCCUGCGUUGUGUAUAAAAUAAUGAAGAGCCUGUUUAAGCACGUGCACGCCCCGAGCUACCUGCAAAACAUAAGGCAGAAUUGCUACCGCAUCAUUUUGAUCUCCCUGCAGGAGUUCAGAGCCGAGAUGGUGGCCAUCCCCAAUUUCAUCGACAAAAUUCAGGUGCAGCUGGAGAAUGAGUCGGACCCCAGGAACAUUUUGGUGCUCUUCGAAAUUAUACACGUGUUGUGCAGCGGGUACAUAACGCAUGGGGGGGAGCAGCAGUCGGAGCAGCAGCCGGAGCAGCAGUCGGAGCAGCAGUCGGAGCAGCAGUCGGAGCAGCAGUCGGAGCAGCAGUCGGAGCAGCAGUCGGAGCAGCAGUCGGAGCAGCAGUCGGAGCAGCAGCCGGAGCAGCAGUCGGAGCAGCAUACGAAUAUGAUCACUGUGCCGAAGGAACCGCAGGAGGGACCCCCCGGAGCGCUGUUCCCCCGGGAGAGAGAAACGCACUACCUCAAGACAGUAAUCGACAUCGCCUUUUACUACUUCCCAAUCGAAUUCGUCAACAGCGAAGGGAGGUACGACAGCAUCACGGAGGAGGACCUACAGAAGGCCUUCUACAAAUGCCUCAAAUCCAACAGAAGGCUGGGGAACCACGUCGUAAUGAAUAUCCUAGACGAGCUCUAUAACACACAAGACGAAGAAAUGAAUGAAAAGAAUUUGCUAAACAUAAAGGAGACCCUUGAGGUGUGUGCACCCUUCUACGGUAGUGUAACCUGCUCAGCGUUCAUCUCGACCAUCACGGGACUAAUCGAAUUGGAGUGCAUUGACAGUGAUGCUUCGGAUAAAAUGGCUUCCUACUUUGUAGAAAUUCUUUUGCUUUUCUUUAACGUAAUAAAUGAGGAGGAGGACGAGCAGUUGAGACGAUCCCUAUUUGAUAUGCACUUUGCGGGAAUGUUUCGGAGGCUCAAUAACUUCCUCAUUCUGCAUAAGCGUCUGUGUAGUGAGAAGCCACCUUUGGAGGGGUGUGCAGCUGAGGCCGUGGAGCCCCGGGUGGAAUCCCCCGUGAGGGUGUCCUCGACUGGGCCUCCCAAUAUGGCGCAGCUCUUCCGCUUGGAGGAGAUUGCCAACAUGUCGGACUCGUCUCAGUCGGGAAGUGCUAGAAGUGGAAGAAGUGAUAGAAGUGGGGGGAGCGGCGGAAGUGACAGAAGUGGUGGGAGCGCCGCGAUAGUGCGCAGCGAGGGCACCAGCGAAAGCGACAGGAACAUCCUCGCCAUCAUAAGGGAGAAGAACCACAUCGAAAAAAUGAAGGAGAAGAAGGAGAGGCAGAGGAAGCGGAACAAAAUAAAGCUGAGCAAGUUCCCGGUGAUCGAAAAGAUCCUCGUGAGCAUAUCCAAGGGGAGCACCCACGUCUUCCUGUACGUGCUGGAGACGACCCUGAGGCCGAUGCUCCACGAGUGCUACUACUUGGUGCGCGCGCUGACGGGGGAGGCGGAGCAGCGGGGGAAGCGUGGGAAGCGUGGGAAGCGGAAAGAAGAUGAGCAGAGGGGGCAGAGUGAGCAAACUGAGCAAUGCUCACUACACUCGCAACGCACGCAGAAUUCACCCUCUGCGCGCGACGCGAAGGUCAAAGCCAAGUGGAACCUCGUCGCGACGUACCUCAGCUUCAUUAACAGCGUGAUGAGCAAGAGCGCGAACGUGGAAGAGGUAGUCGCCAGAAGGCUCAGCUUUGUGAAGGAGAUCUGCAUAAUCGGGGAGCUGCUGAGGUUGGGGCGGCACCCCUUUUUCCACGAGUAUCACGAUUCGGGUCUGCACCUAUUCGGCAUUCUGGCCAGCUUCGUGUGCAUGCAUGGGGGGGGCGCGAAGAGUGGCGCGAAGAGCGGCGCGAUGGGCGAAGCAGUAGACAACGUGGCGAGCGAAGCAGCAGAGGUGACGAGCGGCGCGACAAGCGGAGAAACGAACGAGGACGCCCUGUUCCGCCAAUCGAUCAUCCUCUUCUUCUACCUGAUCGGAAUGCACCCCAGGGAAAGCCCCAAACUCCGUGUGUUGGGCGACGGCGGACGCGACCUCCUCAACCAGCAGGGGGGACACCUCCUCACGCGCGCACACGAGUGGAGAAGGAGCAUCAUCGAGGGGCACCAUCAGUUCACCGAAGACAUCAAACAGAACAACGAAAAUGUCAUGCGGGAGUGUAAAGAAUAUAAAAAAAAUGAUCUUCUCUUUUUCCUCUCAUUAGUUAGUAAAAUUAUAAAAUACAAAUAUGAGCAGAUUGACAGCUACUUAAAUACGCUUCUGAUGAACAUGUGCUUUCUUCUGGUGAAGCUCCACUUCGGGGAGGAGACAAACAGAAAUAUUUACACCUCCCUUUUGAGGGACACAUACCAGAUUGACAUGGCCAGCCUCGUUUUUAUUUCCACCAAUGUGGCUUCAUUUGUGCUGAAGAAUUUUUACCAUCGCGUUGAGGAGGUGAAGGAGAAAUUUCUCCUCUUGAAGAGGGAAGGAGGCACCGAAGGGAGUGCCCCCAUAGUGAUAGACAACCAGACGGACUGCCAACCUGAUUUGGAGUUAUCCCCACAAAUGGGUGAGUACAACCCCCAUUCAGGGAUGCCCCCCGGGGGAGUCAUCGCCGAGCUUCUUCUCUUCGGUGGAGGUCCCAUUGGAGAGACGCUAAAGUGGAGGAGCGUCCAGGUGAAAUGCCUCCUUGGGGAGACACCAAAGAGGCUAUACAAAACGGAGGGGGAAAAAAAAAAGCAUUCAGAUGGAGGAAAGGAGGAAGAGGGAGGAAAGGAGGAAGAGGGAGAAACAACCGGGGAGAGCCAAUCGUUUAAGGUUACCAUGGGUGAAGCCACAAAUAGGGAAGACGUCACAUCGUUUUAUCUUGCCUACAUAGUCAGUUUGGCGUAUGCGCAGGUUUACAAGACGUGUGAGGGGGUUAUGCGGAGAAGUGAAGCGUUUGCAGCUGCAGAUGGGUCACCACAGGGUGGGAGCCAAGACAAGGUAGAGGAGGAACUCUUCAAACCGCAUCUCCUUGUGAACAACCUGGAAGUGAUGGAGCUCUGCGUAAGUUACCUCUACGAGGAGGCGGUCGUGAGGGGCAUCCUCUCAGGGGGCCCAUCCCCGGAGGGGGGGCAGCCCCGCCAAGCGGACAAUGUGCAGCGCAUCCGGAUAAUGCACAGCAAUGAAGAGCUCAGUUACUACGGGACAUACCUGAACAACUUGAAGAGCUUCAUUCAAAUAAAUGAAAUGAAAAAUGCGCUCCCGAGGGGGCAACUCACCAAAGGGGGGGAAGCUCCACUGGAUGGACAUUCCCAGACAAAUCCCAUUAUGCUCCUCUCAAGUAGCAACCCCUUCCGCAGUGUAGACGUGUUCGAGACGGACACAUUGCUCUACAUUUUAAAAAUUACCUUAACGAGUCAUAUAAUUUGUGAAGGUUGGAAGGGAGAGGAGGAACAAAAAGGAGAUGCAGAAAUGUCCACUUUGGCUAGCUACUACCUAUAUGGGAAAAUAAAAAAAAAUUUGAACCAUAUAUUUAUCAGCCUAAGUGAAGCGAAGAAGAGGGAACUUAUCGAACGGCUGAUCGGUUGCUGCGUGGGCGGGGAUGAACACCCACACAUGUUUGUUAAGGAUGUGCUGUUUGGGGGAAGCAGUGAAGGGGCUCAUCAAUUUGGCAAUUUGCCUGGGGCGAAGUUCCCCCCGCGUGGAAUGAACCCACUUCUGCUGCUUUUCCUGCCCGCCCUCCUGGCCAUCCACACGCAAGUAGGACUGGACCACGUGCGGAAGCUACUAAAACUGUGCAUGUACAUCUUUUUAGUUAACCUCCCCCUGGAGGGCUCUUCGUCUGAUGGGGUCAGCCCCGUUGAGGGGGGCUCCAAUGGAGGGGUUACCUUUGAGAGCGGCUCCAGUGGAGUGGCUGCCUGUCAGAACAGAAGUGCACUCCCCUCACCGCAAUCCGUUUCUAACUUCUUAGACGAACAGGGUAAGGAGCAUUUCAAGGGGGGGGAAGUCCCCUUUUGGGGUGGCGACGCUGUAGGAGAUUGUCUCCUCCACCUAGAUCGAUCCAAAUUAGAGUGUAUGCACAGAUGUGCCCUGCAGAUUGUAGGCAUUUUACUGCAUAACUGGGAUGGCAUUCACGAAAUGGUGGACUUUAUUUUAGCUCCAUUCGAUUUGGUGGAGGAGCUUGGCAUAAGCUUAAGUGGUGCCAUAUCUUUUAAGCGGGUCGUCGAUUUGUUUGCGGCGAUGUAUGAGGCGUUUAUACGCAGGUGGGAAAAGGGGGAAGUAGCUGCUUCCAAAGGGGGAGCGGCAACUUCCAAGGGGGGAGAAGCAACUUCCAAUGGGGGAGCGGCAACUUCCAAUGGGGGAGCGGCAACUUCCAAUGGGGGAGCGGCAACUUCCAAGGGGGGAGCCGAAUCCCCACUGGUGCCCCUUCUGAGCAAACUUUUCGAAGCCCCCACGGGGGACCCAUCAAACGAGCUGUUCUAUCUUCUAGAUUGGAUUUACUUUGGCGAAGAGGACCCCGAGUUUGCCAAGAUAUUUUACAGAAGAGGAAAAAAUGAACAUCCCUCGAGAGAAAAGGGGACUGCGAACCGAAUGGAAAUUGGCUUGCUGGAGAGAAGGCACUUGAAGGGGGGCAAUUUGGAGGGGUCCAUCCCAGGAGAGCUGAAGUUUGUGAGCUUUUUCCCCCAUGAAGAACGACCAAUUAGGGUAGCCAAUUUGAAAGAGGUGAUGCGCUUACCCGGGGGUCACCCCAAUGUGGGUGGCGGUGAUAAUGAGGAAAACACCAGCUGUAGCGAUGGAGACGAGGGCAGCUUCUUCCUUCGCCGGCACUUCCUCCACUUCUUCGUGCAGUACUUCUCCCUCAACUACGAUUUGACCCUCCACCUGUGGAAGCAUAGCUCAGAAGAAGUGGCGGAGGAAAAUCUGCAGCUCGUAUGCAACAGCGUGGGAAGCGCCUCCCCCCACCAGCAGGCAUUUAAGCACGUGCUGGUUUGGCACUUCUAUCUAUACCCUUCCCAUGUGUACAGUCACAUCUACGCAGUCGUUCAUAAUAUAAAUAUGAAUCUUCUGUUACGCGAAGAGAAUUACAACCGCGUUGCCUUCGAACCGAGUGAUGCCUUCCUCACCAUGUGUAGAGAGCAUCUGUUGCAUUUCAUCUGCACCAUGUAUAGCUACGUGUAUCUGGUGGACGUGACUGAGAGGUUCCUCUCCCUGUCCCAAUUCGUUUGGUUCAUGCAGAGGGAGAAAUUCUCCUUUGAUUGCUCUCUACCCUUUGAUGUCAUCAGGAGGAAUGAGAAGACGCUCGCCUUUUUGGAAAAACUGGGAUGCUAUUUGCGCUCCUGGGGUGAGGGCGGCGACGGGGGCGUUUCGAAGUCGGUAGCGUUUGCCCUGAAGAGAAUGGACCAGCUGAAGGGGGGGAGCAGCUCAGAUGGGCACCCCCACAAGGGAAACGAAGCAGAUGGGCACUCACACACGGAAGAGGAAGCAGAUGGGAACCCCCCCAGGGGAAACGAAGUAGACGGGCACCCCCACAAGGGAAACGAAGUAGAUGGGAACCCCCACACGGAAAACAAAUCAGAUGGACCCACCCCCAACGGGAGCAACUUCCUCUCUCUUUUGCAAAAAAGGAAGAACAGGACACUCAAAUACAACUGCAGGUACCUCUGCCUAGUGCACCUGGCCUCCAUUGUUCUGCUGAACACACCCAUGGAGGAGGCACUGCACGGGUAUUACAGCGUUAUGGAGAUGUGCCUACUCAAAGGGAUUGGCAAAAUUUCUAAUUUUUUUAUAAACAAAGGGGAGUACGUGCGUAGGAACAAGAGGUACAUUAACGGGGUGCUGCGGGCCAACGCGGAGCUCGUGCGUGUUCUGUUUGCCGAGGGGGCGCAGGGGCAUAAGCAAACGGGUGAGCCGCUAACCAGGGGGGAACACCAUGCACGUACGGAUGACCCGCUAAUCUCGGGUGAGCAACUAAUCGGGGGGGAAGUUGUGUCGCUGCUGCUGGUGCUGGCCCUGCGCCUCCUCUAUCUCACAAUGAGCCUCUUCAAUUUCGUGUUGGCGCACGAGGGGCAGAUUUGGGGGUCCCGGGAUGGGCCACCCCCCAUAGGUGCAUCUCCCCAAGCAUCUCCAAAAGGCACCCUUUCGAAGAACGUCCAAUUUUUAUUGUCCUACAAAUGCCGCCUGGUGAAAAGCCUACUCAAGUUAAUCGUGUCUAUUCCUCUGCCUCUGGCUAGGUACCAGUGCGCCUGCAUUUUUUAUAUCAUUUCGUUUUUAAACUACAAGACUUUUCUGCCCUAUGAUGUCAUCCAGGACAUCAAGUGGUACUUGUCCAUCGCGUCCGUGGACCCGCACAAGAAGGUCAGGAAGAUGGUGGUGCUCUGCAGAGCCAGGUGGAUGUAACUGCCCCUUUACCUUUUCGUUUCCUUUUUUUGUGAAGUGGAUGGGCCAAGUUGGUGACUCGAGUUUGAAAAGGGGCGUUUAAUCUGCCCCUGGCGAGGGUGGCAUGGCGUUACUGCUUUGCUAUGCGUUGUUUCGCUAUGCGUUGUUAUGCCAUACGUUGUUAUGCUUUGUUUUGCUUCGCUUCGCUUUGUUUUUUUUUUUUUUUUUUUUGACAUUUCCCCACGUGCAUGCCUUAUGCUCGCUCUACGUGAGAAAAAACAAAAACGAUAGCAGCGCGAUAAGCACACCAGCAGUCGUGGCUGCCAUCAGAUUGCGAAGUAGCGUACGUUAGUCAGUUAC